CGUCCUGAUUUCGAUGCGUGCGUUAUCUUUCUUCUCAGCCUGCUACUUUGCUCAACAACAGUGGAGUCGCGAGAAAAUGGCCCUGAAGAACGAUUCGUCCGCUGAGAACACGAUGUGUAUAGAGAAAAAGUCGGUGCCGAACCGUGUAAUUUUAUCCUGUUGGGCAUUCACUACUCAAACGCCAUUUCUGAGACCAUCCAACUCCGGCCCCAACUCCAACUACAAGCCGAGUAGCCAUUUUGUUCGUCCAAGCGUUCUUCUUCGUGACCUUCGCUGCUCAGUUAUGUCAACUGCUGAUAAGUGUUUCAGAUUUCUUCUCUUAUUCGCUUCUCAAAAUCCACUUCUCGACAAGGUGCUAUCGUUGUCUUCUCAAUUUCAAGGCUUCUGCCAACAGAUUAACUGCAGGAACUACAGGAAUGUGAAUUCUCUGUACAAUCACAAUUUUGCUGCCGUUUUACCCGGAGAUUCAGUGGCAGGAGUUGUGGUGGCUAAUGGUAUCCUAAAUUUCUUGAACAUUUAUAACACGCUUUUGAUUGUCAGGCUUGUUUUGACCUGGUUUCCGAACACUCCUCCUGCCAUUGUUAGUCCCCUCAGCACUUUAUGUGACCCUUACUUGAACAUAUUCCGUGGAAUUAUCCCACCACUUGGAGGAACUCUUGAUUUUUCUCCCAUACUAGCAUUUCUGGUUCUGAAUGCCUUUACCAGCACUGCUGCUGCGCUUCCUGCGGAACUUCCAGCUACGGGAACACCUGAAGAAUCUCCUGUAUCUCUUGAUAAGUUUACUAAUAUUACUACAUCACAGAAGAAAUGGAUGAGAAGGCUUCACGGAAACAGGUCAAAGAGCAGCGGUGGUGCCAAUUAGACCUUUCAGUUAAUUUUGCAUAGUUUACUCUUUACAUUUUUCCGCAUUCUUAGUUAUCAUAGUCUUAUAGAUAUGCAGUCUGUGUAUUCUUGUACCGUUUGAGAAAUGGACAAUACCUUUCCGGCUUUUACCUUGUCUUCUUUAGGCUGAACUGCCAAAAUUCUUCUCCUAUACAUUGUUGAUAUUAAUUUAUUUUUCAUAAGCUGGGAGAUGUGUUGAUCUGUCA